AUGAAUCACGAUCCAUUUAGCUGGGGCAGACCUUCGGAUGAAACUUACGGGAAAUAUAACACUAGUAUUGCCGAAGCAUCUCCAUAUCCUUCAAUGAAUACACAACAACCUAUAGUCACUGGUACAUCGGUCAUAGCUAUGAAAUAUAACAAUGGUGUUAUAAUUGCUGCUGACAAUCUCGGUGCCUAUGGGUCUUUGUUACGUUUCACUGAUAUUGAAAGGUUGAUACCUGUGGGCCAAAAUACAGUAGUAGGUAUAUCCGGGGACAUUUCUGAUAUGCAACACAUUGAAGAACUUUUAGAUGAACUAGAAAUUGAAAAUAACUAUGAUAACUCUUCAGCUGACAGUAAUGAAUGUCUACAGCCAAGUUAUGUUUUUGAAUAUUUAGCUAACGUCAUGUACAACCGUAGGUCGAAGAUGGACCCAUUAUGGAAUGCUUUGAUUGUGGCAGGUCUAGAAGACGACGGUAAGCCUUUCUUAAGAUACGUGAAUUUACUAGGUGUAACAUAUUCUUCUCCAACUUUAGCAACAGGUUUUGGUGCCCAUUUAGCCGUUCCACUAUUAAGACGUGUAAUUGACCACGAUUCUGACGUCGAAAAGACCACUUUAGAGACAGCGGAAAAGACUAUUUUAGAAUCAUUGAAAGUACUCUACUACAGAGAUGCACGUUCUUCCAGAAAGUUCUCCUUGGCCAUCCUAGAUAAGGAUCAAGGCCUCAUUAUGAAAAAGAAUUUAGAAGUGGAAAACAUGUCCUGGGAGUUUGCAAGGGAUAUCAGAGGUUACGGAACACAAAAAGUAUAG